GGGGAAUGUUUUCAAUGUAACCCUUUCCGGGGAUUCCGAUCCAUUCCUGCGCAUGCGUGAGAUCGUUCACACGCGGGGCAUGUUUCUGAAUUUGUGUUUGGCGAGGUUAUAAGGGAUAUUGUAUAUGGUAUACAUUUCAAGGAUUUUAUCCGAAGGAGUUUGUAGUUUUUAAGAAGGUACACAAAUCCCUUUUAUAGCAUUCUCAGCUGAUGAAACGCACCACAACAGUUUCGACUGAAGUUUUUGAUUGAGCGAGGUAAGGAAACAUGGCCAGCCUUGCUGCGAAGUAUGAUUACCUAGAGAAGCUGACCCGUAAAGUAUGCGUGUCUCACAACCAGGAGCCAAAGAUUAGACCCUAUGUUCCAUACCAAGGCAGUGGGGUGAAUGAUGGUGCUCCUUCAAACAAGAAACAAAAGAACAAUCAGAAGCCAACAAAAGGAGAUAACAUGAGUGCAAAUCAAAAGAAACCAAUCCUAAAGAGCACUCCGCCUGCAGCACCUCCAACUCAGAAAAAAACUGUCCAGAAUGGGAUUUCAGAGACACAAAAGAAGACUGAGGGCGGGACAUCAAAAGAGUUUAAUGCUGUAGACAUUCUUCGUCAGAGACUUCACCAGAAGAUUGAGGAAUCUCGAGGACAGGGCCCUCCUAAAGACCCCUCCUCUGAGGAGAUAAAGAAGAAACGUGAGAGACGAAAACAAGAAAGGGAGCGUCGGAAGAGGAAAAGAAAAGAGUUUCGAAUGAAAAAGUUAGCAGAUGCUGCAGGUUUACAGGCAGGAGAAGAGGAGAAAGAGACAGCAAAUCAGAAAUCACAAAGCACUUCUACAUCAAGCCCUCCUGCCAAACAAGAGCAGAGCCUCAUAGUCUUCAACAAGAUGGAGGUGGGAGAAGACUAUGUGGACAAAGGGACAAAGCUGAUGGAGAAAAAAAAGAAAAGAAAAGUGAAGGGAACGCUGACUCCGCUCACUGGCAAGAACUACAAACAACUUUUAACACGCAUUGAGGCGAGGAAAGCUCACCUGGAGCAGCUUAGAGAGAAGGAUGAAGGGAAAGCAAAAAAAGAGGAAGAGAAGAUGAGGUGGACCAAUGUUCUCUACAAAGCUGAAGGCAUGAAAAUCAAAGACAACGAGGAACUCUUGUGUGCAUCAUUGAAGAAGAAGGAGAAAAGGAAGGCUCAGAAAAAAAAGAAGUGGGUACAGAAGAGCCAGCAAGUCGUGGAGAAGAUGCAAAAGAGACAAGACAAGCGGAGAAGGAAUAUUAAGAAACGCAAGGAUGCCAAGAUGGAGAAACGCAAACAGAGGGCAAGGAAAAAGGGUUGUGUCCUGCCUGAGGAUCUCAAGAAGGCCAGCUUCUAGGCAGAAAGGAUGAAAAGAAGUGAGAAUUGGUAAAAGGCAGAAAGGAUCAUGCUCUUGGGGACUUCGCCUUGUUUAAGAGCAUUUAAAAAAAAAAAAUUCAAUAAUGAAAUGUUUUCUUCUGUUGUCACUUUUAAGAUGUCAACUUUAUAAAGAACGUAUUUUGUGUCCAUA